AUGAUUGUUUCUAAUCGUCUCCACAUCGAUCAUGUCAAGUUUCUGUGGGAGGAGGCUCAGUGGGAUAAGGUGCACGAGUACUUGAUCCUUGUGUCUGGGAGUUCGAGCUGUUUCGAGGACGCGGGAAGAAAUCCCACCAAUUUCCCCUUCGCCAUCUACAGUUAUUUCCCACAAUCUAACGUUCAUUUCUUUUCUCUUCGUCCGCAACGCAGGGGCUGCAUAGGAGGGCGCACGACCCAACAUUUGGACAAUGUGACGCAAACCAUUGAAACUCUCCUCAAUGGUUACGACAUUAGGCUUCGGCCAAACUUCGGAGGAGAGGCGUGUUACAUCGGCAUGGAUAUCACCAUUGCUUCAUUUGACUCCAUCUCGGAAGUAAAUAUGGACUACACCAUCACGAUGUACCUCAACCAAUACUGGAAGGACGAGCGCCUCGCCUUCAGUUCCAGCGACGAGCUCCUGACGCUGCCGGGGGACUUCGCCGAGAAGAUCUGGGUUCCUGACACCUUCUUCGCUAAUGACAAGAGCAGUUACCUCCACGACGUGACGGAGAAGAACAAAAUGGUGCGUCUCCACGGCGACGGCACCAUUACCUACGGCAUGCGGUUCACCACGACGCUCGCCUGCAUGAUGGACCUCCACUACUACCCGCUCGAUUCGCAGAACUGCACCGUCGAGAUCGAGAGCUACGGCUACACAGACACCGACGUCGUGAUGUACUGGAUGGACGUCCCUGUCGUGGGGGUAGAGGAGGCGGAGCUUCCCCAGUUCACCAUCAUGGGCUAUGAGGCCAACGGGCGGAUAGAGGAGCUGGCGACGGGCGUGUACCGGAGGCUCUCGAUCAGCUUCAACCUGCAGAGGAACAUCGGCUACUUCGUGUUCCAGACUUACCUGCCCAGCAUCCUGAUCGUCAUGCUCUCCUGGGUGUCCUUCUGGAUCAAUCACGAGGCCACGUCGGCUCGGGUGGCGCUUGGCAUCACCACCGUGCUGACGAUGACCACCAUCAGCACGGGCGUCCGGUCCUCGCUACCGCGCAUCUCGUACGUGAAGGCCAUCGACAUCUACCUCGUGAUGUGCUUCGUGUUCGUGUUCGCCGCCCUCCUGGAGUACGCCGCCGUCAACUACACCUACUGGGGGCAGAGGGCGAAGAAGAAGACGAAGAAGAUGAAGGAGAGCAACGGACAGAGCAAGCAGCAGCCUCCCCACCCGCCUCCGCCGCCCCCGAUUAAGGUGGACGGAUUCACGCCCAACGAGGAGAUCAUUGAGCUGCAGGAUAUCAGGAUGUCGCCCAUUCCUUCGAUAAGGCAGCGCCACAACUCCAAGUUCUUCUCGAGCGAGGGCUCGCUGCAGGACCUCAAGUUCCCGCCCUCCUUCAGGAUCAACCGCAACUACUCCUUCCCGACCCGGUCGAGUAUCCACGCCCCCAGAGGACCCAGCAGGAAGCGCGUCAUCUCCACGCUGAAGAAGGGCGCCUCAGCCAUCAAGGGCGCCAUGCCAGUGAUCAAGGACGUCAACGUGAUUGACAAGUACUCCCGCGUCGUGUUUCCUCUCUCCUUCAUCUUCUUCAACACAGUUUACUGGUGCUUUUACCUCCUCUAAGAGAUCGGGGACGAAGGGGAGAACGAGAAAGAAUUGGAAAUAAUGAGAUAUUUAAAAAAAAAAAAAAAGAGAGAGAGAGAGAGAAAGAGAGAGAGGAAGGAUGAGGAGAGUAAAUUGAGAGGGGGGAUAAAAUGACCCGUGUUUGAAUUCCUCCUUCCCUUUUUUCCUAUGAUUUUAUUCAAUUCUUUUGCUUGUUUUUUUUGGUGAUUUUUUUUUUUUUUUUUCCUUCUUCGGACUGGUCGGUUAAAGGCCGUGUGUGUUCGUGUGAAGGAGAUUGCUGUACUUGGUAAUUACGUACAGUCUGUAUGUCGUGCAUGUAUAUAUCUAUAUCUAUAUCUAACAAUUAUAUCUGUCUGUUUAUCUGUCUAUAUGCAUCGAUAGAAAUCCAUAUAGAUGGAUAGAUAGAUACAUGCAUAGAUAUAUACACGCACACAUAUAAAUACCGUUAUAUAUAUACAUAUACUCAUAACCUCAUUUCCCAUCUCACUGCCCCCACUCCCUCCCCAUCCCCCUCCUCCACCCUCCCCCCACCCGACCAGAUUAUCCAGUGAUAAUAAAUAUUAAAACAAAGAAGAUUCACGCCCUGUAGCCAGCAAAAAAAAAAGACAUACAAAUAUAUAUAAAGAGAAAUAUAAAUGGCUGGGAAACUGUACCCUCCACUUUACAUAUACGGUCCCUGGUGUUGCUGAGAAUUACAGACCAGGGACAAACAUGUGAUAAUAAUAAUAAAUGGAACGAAAAAAAGGAAAAAGAAAAAAAGAAAUAAGGAAAAUGUUUAGUGUUCACGAGGAUCAAGUCAGUCCCUGUGAUGAACGAGGUGGAACAAACGAUAGAAAAAGAA